AUGAGGCCUGUCGAGGAGAGGCUUUCCUCGUCCAGUAAAGGCGAGUUGGUGCCCGAUGUCCUGGAGACGAGGCUGGAUGACCGCAUUGUCAUGCGCCAUUCUCAUUUGCAGACCGACCCGGCCGCUGAUGGCCUCAGCACUCUCGGUGCCAUCUCAACCCUGAACGUGCCGGCCAAGAGGCAUAUCCGUUACCGCUCAGUCGCAGAAAUCAGUCGGAAUCUGCACAUCGCAAAAACACCAACCGCCAAACCGCUUAAAUCGGCUAAACAAAAUCUAUAUUAA